CCCGCCCGCCCGCCCUGCCCGUGCCACGACGGAGCGAGCAGCCAUGAGCGACCGGGAGCAGCUGCUGCAGCGAGCUCGCCUGGCCGAGCAGGCGGAGCGAUACGACGACAUGGCGGCGGCCAUGAAAGCGGUGACUGAGUUGAAUGAACCCCUUUCAAAUGAAGACAGAAACCUGCUGUCUGUAGCCUAUAAGAAUGUUGUUGGUGCCAGGCGAUCUUCCUGGCGAGUCAUCAGCAGUAUAGAACAGAAAACCAUGACUGAUGGGAAUGAAAAGAAGCUGGAAAAGGUUAAAGCAUACAGAGAGAAGAUUGAGAAGGAGCUGGAGACCGUAUGCAAUGAUGUUUUAGCCCUCCUAGAUAAGUUCUUGAUCAAGAACUGCAGUGACAUUCAAUAUGAGAGCAAGGUCUUUUACCUGAAAAUGAAAGGUGAUUACUACCGCUACUUAGCAGAAGUGGCUGCAGGUGAAAAGAAGAACAGUGUUGUGGAAGCAUCAGAAGCUGCCUACAAAGAAGCCUUUGAGAUCAGCAAAGAGCACAUGCAGCCCACGCACCCCAUUCGGCUGGGGCUGGCUCUCAACUUCUCAGUGUUCUACUAUGAAAUCCAGAACACCCCUGAGCAGGCCUGCCUUCUAGCCAAACAAGCCUUUGAUGAUGCCAUAGCAGAGCUGGAUACACUUAAUGAGGAUUCCUACAAGGACUCCACUCUUAUCAUGCAGCUACUUCGAGACAACCUCACUCUCUGGACAAGCGAUCAGCAGGAUGAGGAAGCAGGGGAGGGCAACAAUUAAAGAGCUUUUCCCCAUCACAGCUUACCAUCAAACCCCCAUCACCAAUACUUCCUUGCCACAAUCACACUAUGUAUCUAGUGCUAAGCAUAUCUGUAUUGUUGGCACAGCUAUGAAGUCUGCCAGGUGCUGCAUCAGACAGCUCUUCAUGUAUAUUGCUGGACUGAAAGGUGUAUCAGCCCCGUUUUACUAAAGUGGCAUAUUGAUUGUGUAGAAGGAAAAUGAGACAUUUUAGUUUCAUUUGAUUCAUAAUAUAUCGGUUA